CACCAACUCUGCAAUGGCUUCCCUCUCGACCUGGGUCCGAUACAUAGCCCACAAAUUCGAAUACUCAGUCUCUCUCGGCUGGAAGAGCUAUACACGAGGUCAAAUCACCGACAGUGAAGUAGGUGAUACCAUAUGGAAAAAUUUAUUUCAAGGGAAGUUGACAUAUUUGCAUUGGAAUAAAGGAGAGGAGAUGGCCCCGACAAUAUCAGGGCAGGGGGGAACUCUUCUUGUUCGGAAAAUACCUGCAGCAGAUCCAACGCAUGUUUUUGUUGGAGAUGUUGUGGUCAUGAAGAACCCUGAAAACUCGGAUGAUUAUCUGGUUCGAAGAUUAGCUGCCAUGGAAGGGUGUGAACUGGGGUCUACUGAUGAGAAAGAUGAGCCUUUUGUUCUUGAGAAGGAUCAGUGCUGGGUGUUGACCGACAAUGAAAAUCUGAAACCGAAGGAAGCCAGUGACAGCCGCACAUUUGGUCCUGUUUCCAUAACAGACAUAGUUGGCAGAGUCAUAUAUUGCCUUAGGACAGCUGUGGAUCAUGGUCCUGUGCAAAACAGUUAUUUCAGCAUGCAGAAGGAUUCACCUGUGUUGCAAAUUGAAUUGGAUGUCAAUGAGAUGGCCAAUAGUCACAAACCAUAGAUGAUGGCGAUAAAGCAAAAGCUCUAACUUGAUUGCUUUGUAUGUGCUUCAUGUGUCACUCAUUUUCAUGUUGGACCUCUUGUGGGCCUUUUUGCGUACACGAGAAAAAUAGGAGUCCCAAAUCUUCCAGGAGAUCGUCUGUUCUGAAAUGGUGGCAAAUUUUUUGUUUUCUUUGUUCAGGUGUGGUGAUCUUUUGUUGGGUCUCUCUCUCCCUCUCUGCAACUUAUUCUUGGUCCUGUAUCGGAUUUUGAGUCUUAGGGAUGUAAUUGAACUUGCUUUGAGAGAAUGUUGUAGUUUCAAAGAUGUGAAUAGAUAGCAUCAAGUGACCACUGAAGUUAAGGAUGCUUAUCUGGG